GUUUCAAUUUUAUUUUUGCGUGACAUUGCACGCUAAUAUACAUGGGUUUUGGUCUGACAUAUUUCACAGCCCUUGCAUAUAUUUUUCUGCGUGUGUUUGUUGUUGUGCCGUUGUAAAUCUGCAAUGCUUGCACCGUGCACCGGGUUUUGCAAGAGCAAGAGAAUACCCCUAUUGUCUUUUUUCAUCCGAAUAUUAUAAAUGCAUUAUCGGAAAGCGGAUUUUUUUUAAUAAUAUAUGCUUAAGUAUAAAUAUAUAUUUAACAUAUUUGGACACAUUUUUCUUUUAACUUAGUUGUUGUUCUUGUUAUUACCACACCAUUCUGCGGAAUUGAGAUCAAUUUGCUGUAAUUACACAUUGAAAUAUAUCCGGUUUAUAGUAGUCGUGCAGCUGUCUAAAUAACUGUAUCGUUAAGAACGUGAGUAUUUUAAUAUCUGACAGAUGUCGCUUGAAGUCUGUCGCUGUCUAUGUGUUCAGCACAUAAUUUAUAAUUUCUUACAAGAACUUGGCAGUACUUUUGUCAAUAUUUAUUUGUUUACUACCCCCAAAUACAAAAAUAUAGUUUUAAUUUAAAUAUUUCGUCAAAAAUGGAUAUAAAUACUAGCGAAUAUGAAUCACAGCUUCAGAUUGUUGAACAGUCCUUAGCAGUUACUGAAAAUCAGGAAGAACGUCUUGCACUUAAUGGUUUAAAAGCAGAUAUUUUAGAACUUAUUGCAUUAACAAAGCAGACAAAUGCAGAGCAAUCCUCUAAUAACCACGAUGGAUGUAACUUCGAAGAAGAACUAGAGCGUUUUAAGAGUGAAAUGAUACAAUUAGAUAACGUUCAAAGCAAUGUCCAAGAAGUCCCCGAAGAAAAUAUUGAUGAACAGUUAACCAAGCUUAGAGUAAAACUAUACAAUAUGGUUGGUCAGAAAUGUACUGCACCUCAUGAGCACACCUGGGGUGCAAUUAGUUAUCAUAAUGCCAUAGUCUGUGGAAUUGAAGAUACGGCAAAUAUGGAUAGUAAUGGUCAAUUAAAAGCUCGCUUACGAGUCUUGUUUACUAAUCCUACUCAUCGUGAAAUGUUGCCUUGUUCAUUCUACCUGGAAGGAGACUGUCGUUUUGACGAUGCACAGUGUCACUAUUCCCAUGGCGAGCUUAUAGAUGUCGAAAAAUUAGGUGAAUAUACUGAGCCAGAUUUUGCGCGACUUGCUCGCAAUUGCGUUGUUCUUGCAAAAUUGCCAAACCGCCUUUGGUAUAAAGGUCGUGUACUUUGCGCGAAUUUUAUAGAUCAAUCAUGCCGUGUUCGUCUUGAUAAAAAGGAUGAACAACGAGAAAGGGAUUUCCCCUUUGAAGAUUUGCUACCAAUAUUUCAUGAUGAUGACUUAUCAAGCGGAAGCUCGAGCGAAUCUUCUACCAAAUUGGGAGAAUUAGAAGAUUCAGGAGAUAUCGAAAACAUAAGAAGAGUAAAUUUAAUAGAACAAAGAUUGUUUGAAUAUAAACCAACACAACAACUUGGCGAGUGGGAAAAACACACGCGGGGCAUCGCAUCUAAAAUAAUGGCGAAAAUGGGAUAUGUUCACGGUUCUGGAUUAGGUUCAGACGGAAGUGGUAUUGUCAUACCUGUUACAGCACAAAUAUUACCUCAAGGCUGCUCACUUGAUCAUUGUAUGGAGUUACGCGAAGCAGCUAACGGAGAUAAAGACUUUUUCAGUGUAGAGAAAAAAUUGCAACGUCAAAAGAAAAAACUGGAAAAGAUUAAUGCGAAGUCAUAUGAACGUGAAUUACAGCGAACAGAUGUAUUUUCAUUUAUUAAUGAUAAUAUAUUGGGUGGAGGAUCUGAAGUAAGGAAAGCAGUGAAAAGUGUAACACUAAGUAACGAAACCACCAAAUCGUUAAAUGUUGCAAGUGUACGCAUUUCGGACGACAUACGACGAAAAGAGCGAGAAAUUGCAAAGUUACGUCAAUCGAUGGUUCGUAACUCUGUCGGAUCAGACCUAUACAAACGGACUCAACAACAAUUGCAAAUUAAAGCACAGGAACUAAAAGCUUUACAAAAAGAGGAAACUAUUCUUUCUAAGGAACAAGUUUCACGAAAAACUAAAGAUAAACUAUGCGUAUUUUAAGAUGAAACUGUAAAUUCUUUCCUACGUAUAAUAUAAAAAAUUUUAAAACUACAUACACAUAUGUAUGUAUGUAUAUGAAA